UUCUACAGUAGCAAAACAGGCCAGAAGACUACUUGCCGGGAGCUUCUGACUUCCCCCUGCGGACGAUCGUGAAUCCGUUGCCUGCUGGAGACAGCACAGCCGACGCAGAGCGAGACCCUCCCUUUUCAUUAUUAUUUUUAGCCCAAGCACAAACAUGUUUGGAUGGUCGGCCCGGCCUUGGUUUUAUAACUCCGCACACCCGGCAGAGAAGAAGAGGCGGAAUUGGAAUUGCUGCCUCGACAACAUCCUAAGCAACCAGAGGGAGCGGAUCGCGAAGGAGCUAGAUGUCCAGAAGGUGCUGUCCCCUCUGGCUUGCAAGGGGGUGUUAUCCUGGGAGGAGUACCAGGACGUCGCGUGCUGCGAGGAGCAAGCUGCGUCUUUGCUGGAGAAACUGGCCUGCAAAGGUCCCGGGGCCUUGUCUGUCUUCUGCUCCAUCCUGGAGGACGUCUGCCCACACUUGCUCAUUUCCAUUCUGCUUGACUCUCCAGGUGGGUUUUCCCAGACCUUCUCGGAGAACAACCCGGAGAGCUCCAAAACGAGAAGAGCUUCAGAAAUGGACAAUCACGAUCCCACUGAAACCAGCGAUGCGGAAGGAAGCUCUUCAUUUGAGGACCUGCUAAAUCACUCCUUCAACAAGCACAGGGUCACCCCCUCUUCCGAAAACCCCAGCGGUUCGAAUUGUAGCGUAAGCCAAGGGAAGCCUUCGCUGAGAAGGAUAAAGGGUCGGACCCAUCGCAGCAAAAGCCUGGACAGCCUUGAUCUCUGCGAGUUCAAUGAGGAGAAAAUCUGA